AUGAACACAGAGAUCAAAGAGCUCUGCGAGAGUUUCAGUGGCCGAUAUGUUAUCCUCAACAUCAAGGACAGACAGCAGAUCCCUCAGUUAUUGGAUGCUGUGGAAGAGAUGAAAACACCAUUUAAAGGCUUCAAAAAAGAAAUUAUUGAAAAUCCUUUCAUGCACAAAAGCGCAGGAGAUAAAUCCAAAAUGGGAGAGUCAAGAUUUGAAAAAAAGAGCCAGGACUGUCUCAGGAUUAUGUUGAUUGGGAAAACUGGAAGUGGAAAGAGUGCCACUGGAAACACUAUUUUGGGAAAAGAACACUUCCAUUCGACACCCAGUGCGGAAUCAGUGACCGUGGAUUGCAAAAAAGUAACAGGAGAGAUUGAUGGGCGCUCUGUUGCUGUGAUGGACACACCUGGUUUAUAUGACACGAAGCUGUCCAAUGAUAAAUUUAAACAGGAACUCAGGAAAUGUCUCACAAUGAUGGCUCCUGGACCUCAUGCAGUCUUACUUGUCCUGCAGAUUGGUCGCUUUACGGAGGAGGAAAGAAAAACUGUGGAGCUCAUCAAAGAUGCUUUUGGCAAGAAUUCAAAUGAUUUCAUCAUUAUCUUAUUCACCAGAGGAGAUGACCUAAAAAAUCAAACAAUUGAGAGUUAUAUAGAAGAAGGCAGCGAAGGAUUCCUAAAAAAACUGACAGCUGAUUGUGGAGGACGAUACCAUGUGUUCAAUAACAAUGAUCCAAGUAACCGCUCUCAAGUUAGUCAGCUGCUCGCCAAGAUUGAGUCAAUGGUGAAGAAAAAUGGUGGCGGCUACUACACCUCAGAAAUGUUCAAACAGACAGAGGCAGCAAUUCAGAAGGAAAUUCAGAAGAUUAUGAAGGAGAAAGAAGAAGAGAUAGAAAGACAGAAGAAGGACCUUGAGAAAGAACAUGAAAAGAAACUCCAAGAGGCGCAGCUAAAAAUUGAACAAGAAAGAGCAGCAAAAGAGAAAGCAUUGCAAGAGAAGGAAGAACUCAUUAAGGAAGAGGAGGAGGAGAACAAAAUGAUAGAGGAAAAGAGGGCAGAAGAGGAAAGAGAGAGGAAAUGGAGGGAAGAAAUUCAGCAACACCCAACAUCAGAAAAGAAAGUGAGGUUUUGGGAAAAGAACCAAAAGAGUGGCAGAAGAAACGACUUCAAGAUGGCCAACACAGAUUGA